AUGACUGCAGAUUCACCCCGAAACCUGGAAGGACCUCGUCCAGUACAGACCGGUAUGAAGGAGAAACGUGAAGACCGGCGCAGACGUCUACAAAACAAAUCGGAUCGCCGUCGCUAAAGCCAAAAGGGAGACUCGCGAGUCACCAGUGCCUCAGCUCCUUAACGCCAGCAGUCAGCCGCUUCCAACGUGCUCACGCUACCAGCGAACAUUCCUUGCGCGAAUCGACCUCGUAGGACACUUUCGGGAACAAUUCAUAAACAACCCCGCAAAGUCAACUCGUCGUCCUCCUCCUUCUCGUCCUCCUCGUCCUCCUCCUCGUCCUCGUCCUCGUCCUCCUCGUCCUCCUCCUCCUCCUCCUCCCAAGAAGACCCCUAUUAUCAACCCUGUCGCAAACCCCCUGAAGACGACAACCCCCGUCACCGAUGAUCACACUGCUGCCUCCCCGCCCUGCCCCAACCCCUGCGUCAAUCACAGCGACCAGUCCCGCCAACACCACGACAUCUCGCAUUCCCCACACCGAGCGGACAAGGGCCGACGUUCCAUCAUCUGCCACCAUCACAGCCAGCAUCCUCACAUUAAGCAGACCAAACCCAUCCCAACUGCCAUCGAACUUUCACUCCAAAUAUUGGCCUGA